AUGUCUGAAAAUCUAUCAAAAAAUGUCGAAUUGCAAACUCAACUAUCAGAGAUAUUAGAUGAAGCUCUCAAAGAUUUUGAAGAUUCUGGCGAGAACACAGAACAAUUAACAAUACCUGAACUCCAUACUUCCAAUGCAGAUGAACUUUUAAAAGAAGGUUAUCAAGAUACAAUGAAAUCAUUUGUGGAUAGUGAUCAAGGGGAACUAGCAGCGAGCUUGCAACAAAUGAUUUUAGAUGAUGGAAAAUCUGAUAUACAAUCAAUUAUUCAAGAGUCAUUGAAAAACUUAUCAGAUGCGAAACUUAAUUUACCAGAGAAAAAUGAUAUGACCUCAAUGUUUGCUAACAUGAGUAUAAAGGAUUUAAUUAACUCAGACAAAGAUAUGGUACCUAUUUUAAUGACAUGUUUGCAACCAUUCUUGAACAAGGAAUCAUUAUACCCCGUAAUUAAACAUCUGUGCGAUAAAUAUCCAAAAUGGCUUAAAGAUAAUGAACUAACUUCUGAUAAAGAAAAAUUUAUCAAGUAUGUUAUUAAUUAUUAUUAUUGUGCAUGUUUAUAAUAUAUUAUAAUAAAUAAUAUUAACUAUGUAAAUGCUAUUUAUUAGUUUUAUUAAUUUUAUUUAUUACUAUGUACAUUUUAUAAUAAUCAUUUUAGUUAUGCAAGAAUGUUUGCUUUUAUGAUGGAAAUCAAAGAUAAUUUAGAAAAUCAACAAGAUACUGAUGAUGAAAUUACAAAAACAAGAAAGUUUAUAGAACUUUUGGAGAUGUUAAAAAAAAUGCAAGAAUGUGGCCCACCACCAGAUGAACUGAUAGAGAAUACAGAUGAUAAAUCAUUAAUACAAAAAAACUCUGAACAAUGUAACCCCAUGUAA